UUAUGUGUCAAUAAUUCACACAGCAACAUGGCGGCGCAAGAUGAAGUUGACGUAUGUGAAAGUUGGGAGGAUAUGGACGAAAUUGGUUUAGACCGGAAGAUCAAACUUAUGUCUAGCGUACCGCCGCUGAAAGGUUGCAAGGUUACAAACGUAAUUGUGGAAGAGAGCGCGUGUAUUGGGUCUCAGUGCGUUAUGCCGGAGCCAGCUAUUCGUAUACUAAAGCGUCCGUCAUCACUAGGCAGCGGGCAGCUUAAUGGAGAAAGUCGCGCGCGGCCUGUGAAAACAUUGGAACAAAGGCAGAAAGAGUAUGAGGAGGCUCGCUUAAGGAUACUCGGCGAAGCUCGAAGUCCAGAGGACGUUAUCGAUGAUAAAGUUACAAUUUGUUUCAGUCUCACUCGGCUACAAGAUAAAUUACAAGCAAACAAUCUCAACGACAAUCAAAGUGGCGGUAAAAGUAAAAACUGUCACAAUGAUAAUAAUAAAAUUAAAGAGAAAAAAGUACUCGCCAGGUUACCACCAGGUGCUACAGCGGCUGGUGUCUAUCCUUCACCCCCACCACCUGGAGUCCUUGUUAUAAGAACUCCUAGAGGUCCAGAUGGAACCAAAGGUUUUGUGCGGAGGUAGCAGUAUAUGAAUACUAAAUUUAAUAUUAUUAUAAUCCAUCCAAUAAUUUCAUCAAUUAUAGCCCAUUGGACUUAUAUCUUUUGGAAGGUAUGAAAUAUGGUUAUGUUAUUUCACAAUUUCUUAACAAAACGGAUAGUUUUUUUUUAUUUCUUACAUUAAUAUAUACUGUAUUUGUAUCACUAUAUAUUGUGAUUAUAUAUAAACAAAUUUUCUCAUUGAAACUUGCUAUGUUAAGUUUCUACUUUGCAAGUAAACAUUCUCAAUACAAAUGCCAAAGAAGAAAUUGUGAAAUAUACAACUAAUUAUGAGUGCUCAUUUCAGGGAACAAAUUAUAUAUAUUGUAAUAUUACAAUAUUUUAGAUAGACAACAAAUUUAUGAGAUAGGCUCAUUCACAGUCAAUCGAAAGAGGUUUGAAUCAAAAAGUAUUAUUAAACAUUCAUAUUUAAAAAAUUACCACAUGUUCUUAUGUCAAGGAUUGUUAACAAAUCCCUAGUUAGCUUGUUGAAUAAAUUAAUCAUAGAAUAUUCAUUAAAACUA